UAAUCUCCUCAUUCUGCUUCAUCUCUCUGCCGCCUGGUAAGAGUAAGAAAGUUUUCUCCGCACCAGCAUUUUGAGUAGUGAAGGACAAACAACAUAGGAACAACAGCCUAUGUAGCAUGCCCAAGGAGCCUCACUCAGCUCAUCAGGUGUGUGGACAUUGGAUGACGCGCCUAGGUCAUCUGUGCGUCUCUCCCUCCAGCAGCACCCCUCUCUCUCACCGUUCCGCGCGCUUUUUGGGAGUCGAGGAUGAAGACGCAGAACAUCAGGACCCUUUCACUGAUCUUCUCCAGCAUUUUCUACCUUCUCUUCGGUGCCGUCGUCUUUGACGCUUUGGAGAGUGACACAGAGAGUUCGAAGAGAAAGGCGCUGGAGCAGAAGUUGGACGAGCUGAAGAAAAAGUACGGAUUCACCGAGGAUGACUUCAAGGAGGUCGAGAGAGUGGUCCUUCUCUCCGAGCCGCACCGCGCCGGGAGGCAGUGGAAGUUUGCUGGAUCUUUUUAUUUGGCUAUCACGGUUAUCACCACAAUCGGUUAUGGCCAUGCUGCACCCCGCACUGACGCUGGCAAGACCUUCUGUAUGCUCUACGCUGUUUUGGGCAUUCCUCUGACUCUGGUCAUGUUCCAGAGCUUGGGUGAGAGGAUCAACAAUAUAGUCCACUACCUUAUGUGCAGAGCUAAGCAAACCCUGGGUUUACAAGAAACUGAGGUGUCCAUGGGGAACAUGGUCCUGGUGGGUCUGUUGUCGUGCAUGAGCACCCUGUGUAUUGGAGCUGCAACCUUUUCCCACUCAGAGGACUGGAGCUUCUUCAAUGCUUAUUACUACUGCUUCAUUACACUCACCACCAUUGGGUUUGGGGAUUUCGUGGCCCUGCAGAAGAAAGAUGCUCUCCAGAAGCGUCCCCCCUAUGUGGCUUUUAGCUUCAUGUAUAUUUUCGUUGGGCUGAUGGUCAUUGGAGCUUUUCUGAACCUGGUGGUCCUGAGGUUUCUCACUGUAAGCACUGAGGAGCCAGAAGUGAAACCUGAGGCAGGGGGAGUGGGGCAGAGAACACAGCCUAAAGACACACAGGUUGAUGGAGAAGUGUCCGUGGCAGACUCAGAAACUGCUAAUGCUGGAUUUAAAGACAGAGGAGAUGGACAUAGCAGUCUGAACAACCUGAGUCUUCCAAUAGAGGGAGGCUCCAGCUGCAUGAAUCUCCUCCCCUCUCCUGUGGAGGAUGGACUUUUUCUAACUGAACAUUCUGACUCAUCUGAACCCAGCAGACUCAGGGCAUAUUUCACCUGUUGCAUAUGCUGUGGCACAGACAUCAGCCUAUCUCUACCUCAUAGUGACCAGGAGGGUGGCCACAGCAACCCUGUCUUUUACAACUCCAUCUCCUACAGGGUCGACAAGGCCUCCUCUUGCAGCUCUUGCAUGGGGUCAUCUCAGGCUUCCCCCUGCAGUGUAGCUCUCUGUCUGGGAAACAACAACCCUCACACCAGGAGGAAGUCCUUAUGACUCACUGAACAUGUGUCUUAUGCUUAAGAGGACUAUUUUUACACACCACAGAAAAAUAAAACCCUCAGAUUUUCUGCUUGGUGGAGCAAACUGCCCUGUGUCUUUUCAGUCGUGAAUGUCGCUUUACAUGCUGUUAAAUAAAAUGUAGCAUUUUAUUAAAAUAAUUUACAGUUUAUAAUGUAUUUUCUUAUAACAACUAUUUGUGCUAAAAAAGACAAAAAAAUGAAGUAUGGCAUGUACGUAUAUAAACCAUGUUUUCAAACAUUGUCCCAAUGGUGUGUAUAUUAUACAAGGGUAUCUAAGGGAAAGUGUGUGAUCAGCUAGAAGAAACAAUGACUCAUGUGGUGGGGUCCUCCCAAGUGCUGUUUUAGUUGACAGACUUUUUGCAGUGUUCUCACCUUCGAUCUUUCUGUUGAAGAAUGGUGAGAAUUUAUCUGUUUUUUUCUAAUAGGAACACAGUCUCUGUUGCUCUGGUUGUUUCUCAAGGUGAUCUUUCAUCCUAUAAUCGCUUGGUGCGGUGGAAAACUGGAGGCUGAUAUGUACGGCACAGUGAGUCUAUCUGAGUUUAAGUCUAAACUGUGAUUCCAAGACACCUUUUCCGCCAAGCAUACCAACUCUAAUCUGUCUCUUUGGGACUGGAAUGACUACCC